CAUUAGCUGGCAUUAAUCCGACCUCGGAGAAACACCAUGUUCCCAGCCAAGCUGACCAACCGGUUAACUCUGAACACCCUGAGGAGGAUUCAUCCCGGAGCUCUUCGGCCGUGUCAUUACUCCCCGUCGAGCGUCUUCCUUCACGCAGGAGGAGGGAGGACUGGAGAUGCGAGUCUCCACUCGGAUCCCGGCGUGUUGAAGAGAGGACUUUACGGACAGAGUGUUUCCCACCCGUCACUCGGACCACGUGAAACGCAGCAAUGUGCAAGAAGAUCAAUCAGUUUAUCAGCUGCCACAGUUGUGAAUGCAGCGCCCGCUUCUGUCCAGCCGUACCUCCGCUUGAUGAGGCUAGACAAACCUAUUGGCACAUGGCUGCUCUACCUCCCGUCUACAUGGAGCAUUGCUCUGGCUGCCGACCCCGGAUGCCUCCCUCAUCUGGACAUGCUCGCCCUGUUUGGUGUGGGCGCCCUGCUGAUGAGGGGAGCGGGCUGCACCAUCAACGACAUGUGGGAUAAAGAGUUUGACAAAAAGGUGGCCAGGACGGCAACUCGACCCAUUGCAUCGGGAGAGAUUUCUCAGAUGCAGGCACUGGCCUUCUUAGGGGGGCAGCUCUCACUGGGACUCGGGGUUCUCUUGUGUCUCAACUAUUACAGCAUAGCUUUGGGUGCUGCCUCGUUAGCGCUGGUCAUCUCCUACCCGCUGAUGAAGAGGAUUACUUCCUGGCCCCAGUUGGUGUUGGGUCUCACUUUUAACUGGGGAGCGCUGCUCGGCUGGUCCGCUGUCAAGGGCUUCUGUGAUUGGUCCGUAUGCCUCCCGCUGUAUUUCUCAGGAGUGAUGUGGACGAUGAUAUAUGACACAAUUUAUGCACAUCAGGACAAGGAGGACGACGUCAAGGUCGGAGUGAAAUCUACUGCACUGAUGUUCCAUGAGCAAACCAAACCGUGGCUCAGCGGCUUCAUGGCGGCCAUGAUGUCCGGCCUGGUUGUAACUGGAGUGAAUGCUGAGCAGACUCUGCCUUACUAUGCAGUCCUGGCCACAGUGGCCGUUCACCUCACGCAUCAGAUUUACACAUUGGACAUUAACAAGCCAGAGGACUGCUGGAAGAAGUUUUCCUCAAACAGAAACCUUGGACUGUUGCUACUUUUAGGCAUCAUUGCUGGCAAUUUGUGGAAAGAAAGAAGAGAGACUGUGUCUCUGACUGUGCCGGAUAAGUGAGAUCGGCUGAACAAAUAUUAUCUUUGUGACAUUUGCAGAGCAUCAGUCGGUGAUGUUUAAUCCUGAACAAAGCUCUAUGAGACAACAAGAAAAUGGACGUUUCAAUGGAUACUGUUGAGAUUAAAUUAUGAAAUAAUACACCUCCCUACUACAGACAUAUAUAAUUCACCUCUAUCUUCAAGUGCUGCUGAGUGGAUCUCUGGUGGCUGCACAAACACACACGGAAAUAAUCAACAUGUAGUCACAAUAAAUAUGCAUAAUUGGGGAA